AUGGUAAAACAAUUAGAUGAGAAACCUAAUCGAACUGAAGUGGAUGAAAGGCUCAUUUUAGGUUUCCAAGCAGCCCGAGAUAAAAUGCUUAAACAUUAUAAGAAGAGCAACUGGAUUUACUGUACAACUUUAAUUUUAGACCCAAGGCACAAAGCUCAGACUUUUGAUAUUACAUUAUGGGGGCAGCAAAUUAAAACAAAAAGCCUGCACAAAUUUAAUGAACUUUAUAAAGAAUAUAAAAGUCUACACGUACAGCAACACUCGGUGUCUAAAUCUCCAGAAUUACCAAGAAAUGAAAACAAAGUAUGUGAGGAUGAAGAAUAUGAAGAUGUAAUAGACUUUGAGAAACUGUAUGCAUGUCCCUCUACGUCGUCAUCUGGAUCUUGUCUUCAAGGCUUAGUUAUUGACGAGUUGGAGGAGUACCUAAGUAAACCGAGAGCCGCCAGCUCAGAAGACAUUUUAGAGUGGUGGAGGACGCAUGAGACGGAAUAUCCGAUUUUAUCCAAGAUGGCUCGUGAUUUUCUUUCGAUACCUGCAACUUCAGUACCUGCUGAGAGAUUAUUUUCUAAAGCAUCGUUAGUAAUUAGAAAACAUAGAAAUAGAUUAAGUGAUGAAUCAGCCAGGUGGUUACUUUGUAUUAAUUCUUGGUCAAAAGAAUUAAUAUAA